AGAGAACGAUCGCUGACGGACAACACAUAUACUUAGCGAGGGCGGCAGAAGCAAAGCAUUUCAUUCGCGUUCGCAGAGCAGACGUUUGCAGCACGACAAAAUAAAUAAUAAGCCGUAACAUAAAGCGAUAAGGGUUAAAAUAGCACCGCGCUCGGAGAUGAACGGACAUUACCAUGUUUUAAAUGCAUCAAGAAUUUUGACUGUAACAUUGUUUCCAUAUCAGUGAAGUUUAGUGGUUCUUUUGAAAAAAAAAAAUAUACAUUUAUUUUUUUAAUUGAGAAAAAAUGGUGGUCAAAAUUGCAAGAGUUCCCUUCGAAGAGGCCCUUAAUAUGACAGGGUUCGGCAAAUUCAACCUGCUCGUCUUCAUGCUCUGCAGUAGCAUCAUAGCAGCCAUGGUCUUCGAGCUUUACUCCGUAUCAUAUCUCGUGCCGGCUAGUGCCUGCGAGCUGAACACCACCAGUACGCAGCAAGGAUUGAUGGCUGGUCUCCCAUUAAUCGGUGUGAUCACAACCUCACACAUUUGGGGGUAUUUAGCCGACACUCGAGGCAGAAAAAAGAUGCUCUGCAUUUCUAUGGUCAUUGGCUUCGUGGCUGGUUCGUCAGCAGCCCUGGCCCCCAACUGGAUCGUGCUUAGCAUACUAAAGUUCCUGUCUUCGGCUGCGGUAUCGGGAUCAUCAGCGUUGGCUUUAGCACUGAUAGGGGAGUGCACUCCUGCGAUACGCCGGAGUACCAUGCUGCUGCUCACCACCAGCGCGCUGCUAUCGAGCACCGGGGUCAUGGCCAUACUCUCGAUACCGAUCCUGCCAAUGAAGUUCUCCUACUAUAUUCCGAUCCUGAACAUCCAUUUCAACUCCUGGCGCCUUCUAAAUGUGAUCUUCAGUCUGCCGUGUGCUCUAAACGCGAUCGGUUCGAUGUGCUGUUAUGAAAGUCCAAAGUAUUUGCUGAGCGUUGGAGAAGAUGAGAAAGCGUUGGAGAUACUGCAGGGAAUUUUUAAGCAUAACAGCGGAAAGAGCGCAGAUUUAUACCAGGUGGAAUCAAUAGUUCUAGAUGAAGAUAACGCGAAUAAGAAAGCCAAAGGUUUCUGGGAGGUGCUUGCCGAGCAGACGCUACCUUUAUUCAAACCACCGCUACUGAAGAGUACGCUAUUACUCGGUUUCAUGUUCAUCUUAGUUUUCAUUUGCAUAAACUCAUUCUUAGUUUGGCUUCCAUUCAUGGUGGACGCUUUUAUGUCUUCGGUGGAGAAAGGAUACUCCGGCAUGACCAUGUGCGAAAUGAUUAGGGUGGCCAGGAAUGAAACCGACCUGGAAGAGACGAAUUCCACUUGCUCUAUGAACAGAGUGGCCAUGACCAUGGUUUUCGGUAUCUGCAUAGUUCUGGCCGUGUUGAACGUGGUGGCCAGUGGCGUGAUCAGCAUCAUAGGCAAGAGGAGACUAUUUAUAGGCAUACAGGUGAUGGCCGGUGUAAGCAGUAUCUUAUUGAACGUGAGCUCCAUGUGGGUAGUAAGCGCUCUUCUCUUCAUAGCGGUUCUAUCUGAUGUCAUCAACUUUGGAUUCCUGUCAGCAUUCGCUGUGGACCUGUAUCCAACUUUUGUGAAGGCGAAGGCCAUAUGCCUGAUGGUGAUGCUGGGUCGUGGCAGCACGAUCCUCGGCAUCAACGUGCUCAAGAGCCUCAUCGAGACGAACUGCGAAGCUGCCUUUUAUCUAUUCGGAGGGAUCACUCUAGCCGGUGGACUCUUCGGAUUCCUGCUUCCUCCAGACGGGAAUCUAUUCAAACAGAAAACUAAAAUCUAAUGCCAUAAUAUUUGAAUAUUUAAAUGUAGUUGUAAAUAAAUUAUGUAGUUAUAAUUUAUCGAGAGUAAAACGCGAGCUUCAUGAGUAGAUCUUCGAAGAUAAUUUUAAAUCUGUAAAAAGUUAAUGUGUAUACUGUGACUGGAGAUAGUCCGCGGUCACACUCUUUCUAGAGAUGGGCAGUGGAUGCACUGGAUCUAGAGAUGGGCAGUAGAUGCCUUGGAUCUGGAGAGACCAGCGGAUGCACUAUGGCUAGAAAUGAGCAGUGGAUGUAUUGUCUCUGACAUUAUUCAUUGGUUACUAAAAUUGACCAAGAUGUAUGUUUCGCUACAAAACAAGCCCGUUUUUAUAAAAAAAACCUUUGUAGAAUUUAAUAUUUGACCAUAUCAUAUACAUAAAUAGGUAUUGAAAAUAAUCACAAAAUAAUUUAAACUAUAAUUCUUUUGUACUUGUGCCGAAUGUGUUUGGUGUGUGUUUACUGUGUUACAGAUGCAUGAAUGUUUGUAGAAAACUAAUUUUAAUCAAUAAAUAAAUGUAAAACUUACAAGAAUUGUAUUAAUUUUCGUUUGUAAACGAAUGAUAUUUUAAUAAAUUAAAAUAGUAAUGUUUUGCCCUCAAUGGAGGCUUGAG